AAAAAAAAGGUAUCACACCAAUCAUAUAGAAGUUACUAUUACUAUAGUUAUUACUCUACUUCACUUGUUCUAAAGCUAAAGAGCUAACAAAGAAGAGGGAGCUAGCACAAAGUAAGAUCAUGUCCAAUUUAAUUGAGAAAGGGACCAAAAUCAUUGGUGUUGGUCGUAACUAUGUUGAUAAAAAUCCUGCCCCAAUGCCCAAGGAGCCAGUGUUGUUCUUGAAGCCAACAUCAUCAUACUUGGCCAAUGGAGGAACUAUUGAAAUCCCAGCUUCAAUGGAGCAUGUAUGGUAUGAAGCCGAGCUUGCUGUUGUUAUAGGCAAGAAAGCUCGCGAUGUCCCUGAAUCCGAGGCCUUGGAUUAUGUUGCAGGUUAUGCUUUAGGACUUGAUAUGACAGCAAAGGAACUCCAAGCAACCAUCAAGUCUUCAGGACUUCCCUGGCUAUUGUCUAAAGGACUGGACACCUUUACACCCAUAAGUGAAAUGAUUCCAAAAUCUGCAGUGCCUAAUCCUCAUGACUUGGAGCUGUGGCUAAAGGUUGAUGAAGACUUAAAGCAGAAAGGAUCUACAAACGAUAUGAUAUUCAGGAUUCCAUACCUCAUCAGCCACAUAAGUUCUUUCAUGACACUUCUAGAAGGAGAUGUCAUCCUAACUGGCACCCCAGAAGGUAUUGGGCCAGUGAAACCAGGUCAAAAAAUAACUGCUGGUAUAACAGGUCUGGUAGACGUUCAUUUUGAUGCUGAAAGAAGAAGCACACCAGUAACCAAUUAAGCGCCAUCAUUCGGCCUGCCAUUUCCAAUCCUACGGGAGCCUCAUAUGAUUAGUCUUGAGUUAUUUGUUUAAGUCAGUUGCUGAUCUAUUAAGGGGUUAGCUCAUUUGGCUGCCAUUUUCGAUCUUAUGGAAGCAUCAUUUGAUUACUCUUGAGUUAUUUGUUUAAGUCGUUGCUUAUCUACUGAAGGGUUAGUUCAUAUCUUUCUUUAAGCUGGACAGCAGCUAAAUUUUAGUCCAUUAGUCGCGUAAUAAGUUCUUGUAUGAUUCUAGGCGUAAUAUGCUGGACAACUUAUUGUUGCAGAGAAUAUGAGAUUAAGAAUAAUAAGUACUUCUAUUGUGUAAGAACACAUGUUUCAGAUUGUACCCCUGCUUAUUUCUAUUAUUAUUAUAAUUAUUAUUAUUACUGUCACAAA